AUGUUUCUCUACAACGUACACGCCCCGCACAAGACGUUUGCUUUGACGCAUAAAGCGAAUGAAACUCAGCCGGAGCUUUUGAGGAGGAUCUACGCCAAGUCGGGGCUGGGUGAAGGGGAGAGGAAGGGGGUGGGGUUGGUUUAUGAGUUUGAAGGGGGGAGGUGGAGUUUGGAUGAUGAUGAUGAUCUCCAAAUCCUUUUCUCUCGAUUCCCGCCUUCCUCCACGCCUUCUGUUACGCUCCACCUCAAGGCCCCUACCGCUCCUGGCCAACACCCCCACCACGCCCAAACGGCGCUUGGCAACGCGCCGCCGCCUGCCUACCCUACCUCGCCGUCUGUGAAGAGUAGAACGACCAAGUCCAAGAAGGCGAAGAGCCAUGCUGGGAAAGAGGUAGGAGUGGGAGCAGGGGCAGGAGCAGGGGCAGGAGCAGGGGCAGGAACAGGAGCAGGGGCAGGGGCAGGGGCAGGGGCAGGAGCAGGGGCAGGAGCAGGGGAGAAGGUGGAUGCGAUUGUCGCGAGGGCGGGUACGACGGACGGCAAGACCCCCGUCAAACAUACUCUCAAACCCCUCAGCCCACUCUCUAACCCGCAUCACCUCGGAGCGCCUAUAGCAGGUGGCAGCGGGCCAGGUCGCGUCGUCUCGUCCACCUCCCACCUCGCUCCUCCCGGUGCCCACUCCCACUCCCACGCCCAUGGGCAAGGAAGCAAGCUCAACGGCGCGCCCUCGGUAUCUGGUGUUUCGACGAAAAGCCGCGCGAAAUCGGUCAUGUCGACGGUAUCGAGAAAGAGCAAGUAUGGGGAUCCGUAUAGCGAGGAUUUGGGGGUGGUGAAGCGCAGGGCUUGGGAGGAGUUUCAUGCGAAUAAUGGGGUGAGGACUGUCAUGGGGAAGGUUGGGGAGAUUUCUGGCGUGAGAAUGUUAUUGAAAGCGGGCUAUCGACAUGUUUACGUUUCAAGAGAGUUUGCUAUCCGACACAAACUCGUCCCCAAAAAGUUUGGUACCACCGGCGGCUACGCAGGUAUCCGCACGAUCGGCCAAAUCCCUAUCACUGUCGGCUCUCGGACCGCUCUGCAUGCUGCUUAUUUGACAGAGGAGAAGCACUUUGAUGUGGUGUUGGGGAGGAGCUGGAUGGAGAAGAUGGGCGUCAAGAUCGACCCCCUCGACCAAACCAUCCUCACCUACAUGGACUCUGGAGAGCCUAUCGAGUGCGAUAUCGUGGUGCUGAGAGAUGAGAAGGGCGAUAUCGUUACUAUCACAUGA